AUGACUACUCAUACAACAGAUUCAGUGGCUCCUUGCAAGAGAUGCCAGGAACCAUCAGUUUUGAUCUCUCGCUCUGAACCAUUUUGUAAGAAAUGCUUUGUGAAGUUUGUCCAGUAUAAGCAGAAGAAGCGGAUGGAGGACUACAAAGUAAACUACACACCUGGAGCGAAAGUACCUGAUGUGUUAUUACCGCUGUCUUUUGGACGGUCUUCAUUAGCUCUUUUGGAUAUGGUAGCUGAUAUGCUUCGCUUUCAGUCUUCUACACAUGGAGGUCGACAGGGACUACAUCUCCAUGCGGUUCAUAUUGAUGAAACUGGAAUCCAUGGAAUGGAUGGCGAUGUACAAGAAACUUUACAAAAUCUGCGAGCAAAAUACCCAGAGUGCUCCACUAUUACCAGCGUCAAAUUAGAGUCGUUUUUGGAAGAUCCCAGUGUCAACAGAGAGGUGGUCAAAAUCGUAGCAUCAACUUCGACCGUCAGCCCUAAUAAUACGAAAGAACUAUUAGCCAUGUUGGUGAAGAGAACCCCACAGCAAGACAUGCUAAAUAUCAUUCGGCUCAAAAUUAUUGAGAAGGUUGCGAGAGAUUUGAAUUGUACAACGAUUAUAUGGGGCCAUUCCAUGACAAGGUUAGCCGAGUUGGUCAUUUCAUUAACUGCUAAGGGACGGGGAAAUACCAUUUCGGAUAUAUUAUUCAGCGAACAGUCAGAACCGCGAAUAUUAUAUCCACUAAAUGAAGUGCUUGGGUCAGAAGUUGCCGACUACAUUCAAGUUCAGAGCCUCGAUCAGUUCGUGCUGAGUUCAUUGAGCCGCCGUCCUGCCACUACCAAAUUGCAGAGCAUCGACGAACUAGUUAAUCAGUACUUUGUUUCCGUGGAACAGGGGUUUCCAUCUGUUGUAUCGACGGUAGUAAAAACAGCCGCUAAACUUGCACCUAGUUCAGCUGUUUAUGAGAGCCGACAAUUGGAGGUCAGUACUUGCAAAAUCUGUGGAGGUCCUGCCAUGCCAGAUAGCCUGGAGUGGCUUGAAAAGAUAACUGUAAAUUUCCCUCCAUCUGCUGAUGGUCUGCAAGAAAACCAAGAUCAUCAAGAGUCUAAGGACACAUCGAACGAGCUGUGUUACGGCUGUAUUACAUUAUUCAAGGACUCGAUGGUAUCUGAACUUAACUGGCCCAAACGCUCGACAAAAGAGGAGGUACUUGCUGAAUACUCACUUGAGUAG